AUGGCCGCCUACUACCCUCGCCGCGUGGCCAGAUUCGCCGACCUUCAAAAGGCAUACCCUGGAUUCGAGACCUAUGACGACUUUGAAGAAGACCGUGUCGAGAGUGUCGCCAUUGCGAAAUCGAGAGGAAAGGGUGCUCCCAAGAAGAAGAGGACGGCUGCUGAAUCCAAGAAGUUCGGCAAGAAGAAGAGGUAG